UCCAAAGUCCUUCCUGCCUGGCUUUGAACUCGGGAGUGGGAGAUGUGAAGGUGGAUUCUGCUCUCCCCAAGAUCCCCAUCAAGGGACCCUUCUGAGAUUUGACGCCACCUUCUGCAAGCUGUGCAAAGAUCUGCUCUCCAGGGCACGGGAGAAAAAUUCCAGAAGGGAAGCCGGUUUGCUGUAAUGUGUGCAUUCACUGUCCAGAAGGGACUUUUUCUCACCAAACAGGAUUCAACAUCACCUCUAAAUAGACCAAAUAGAAAUUGGCAGAAGACCUCUCAAAAGCUUCCUUGGCGCAACAAUGGAUGAGCACAACUCAGCUGGCCCUGAAGCAGGAAGAAGCUGCAGUGUCAUCAGUACUGGGAGCUGCAAGGAAUCCUGGGAAAGAACAGUGCAGAACGUCCUGGAUGAAGAGGACACCCUCACCUCAGAUGACCAGUGCCAGCAGUUCAGACAAUUCUGCUACCAGGAGGCUGAGGGCCCCCGAGAGGUCUGCAGCCAACUUCACAACCUCUGCCAACAGUGGCUGAAACCAGAGCAACACUCAAAGAGUGAGAUAUUGGACCUGGUGAUCCUGGAGCAGUUCCUGACUGUUCUUCCAUCAGAGAUGGAGAGCUGGGUGAGGGAAUGUGGAGCGGAGACCAGUUCCCAGGCGGUGGCCCUGGCCGAAGGUUUCCUCUUAAGCCGGGCAGAGGACAAAAACCAGGAAAAGCAGCAGGUGCCCCACCAAGGCCUGUCGCAGAUGCAUCCCAGAAGCCGGGCCACACUUCCGGAAGCUUGUUCAUCGCCAAAGCAGGCCCCAACAGAGACCCCAUGGCGGAGGCGGAGGCGGAGGCCCCAGCCCAGUCACUGUCACGGCUCCAGAGAGCCAGAGGAUGCAAGACCAUCAUGUCACACCCUCAAGUCGUGUGUGCCGCUGCGCACCUAUAAUCUGAGGAGUCUGUCAGGCACCAGGCAGAGGCCAGUGGGUGACAGGGUGUUAUCAGCAAGACGUCCCCAGACAUCUCCUCUUCACAGUGGAAGAAAAGCAGCUUCCUUGGGACGGAUUCAGGGUCCAGUGUCCUUUGAGGAUGUGGCUGUGUUUUUCACGGAGGAAGAAUGGGCUCUGCUGGAUCCCGAUCAGAGAGCUCUGCAUAAGGAAGUCAUGGAAGAGAAUUGUGAGAUCGUGGCCUCUCUCGAAGGUGACAAAUUGGAAACCAAGAAUAAAGGAGACAAUGACAAAAUCCACGAGGCGGGGAAGCUCUAUAAAUAUUGGGAGAAUGGAGAAAGCUUCAGUCAGAAGCCCAGUCAAAUAACUGACAGAGGGGAGAAAUCAUAUCAGUGCUUGGAAUGUGGAAAGACCUUUCAUCGGAAUGACGAGUUCACUUCCCAUCAAAGAAUUCACACAGGGGAGAAACUAUAUCGGUGCUUGGAAUGUGGAAUAAUCUUUAACAGGAAGGCAAGUUUCACUAUACAUAAAAGAAUUCACGCAAGGGAGAAAUCAAAGCAGUGCUCGAAAAGUGGGGACAACGGCCACACAAAAUCAGCUCUCGGUAACCAUCAAAAACUCCACCUGUGGAAAACGCCAUUGAAGUGCUUGGAAUGUGGAGACAACUUUGACAAAAAGUCAAGUCUCACUUUGCAUCAGAGAAUUCACACUGGGGAGAAACCAUAUAACUAUUUGGCGAGAACUUCAGUCAGAGUUCCCACCAAACAAGCGACAGCAGGGAGAAACCAUAUCAAUGGUUGGAAUGUGGUGACAACUUUGAUAGGAAGUCAAGCCUCAUUUUGCACAUGUUAUGCAACUGAAUGAAUAAAUAAAUAAAUAAAUAAAUAAAUUUUAAAAACACCAUUCUACUUUUCCGAUUUUGACACGUCUUUGCAUAAAUGCAAAACCUGGCAUCUCCGGGCAGGUGAAAUGAGCGGUAAGCCUAGAGAGCCCUUAGCAACCCUCUUGACAACAGAAGGGAGAGCAACAAGUCCACGCUGCCCAGAGAGCCCUUAGCGACCCUUCUUAACAACGGAAGGGGGAGCAACGAGUCCAC